UAGAAAAGGAGAGAAAGGAACGAAUAAAAGAAAAUGGAAUGAGUAGGAAAGCGGUAUAAUAGAGAAUUGGGAACGAAAACGAAUGCAGAUAAGAAGUGAGUAGAGACUAAAAGUGGGAGAUAGAAGUAGAAGUGAGAGAAAGUGAAAUGAUCGUGUCAGUUGCCGCUUUCGAGUUCCCUUGUUUUCAUUCGGGUUUUCCUAUGACGUCAAGGAAAAAAAGUGUACUUCCUGUUAUCUGCUUUGUUCUUUUUCUCAUUUUGUAACAGAUAAAAAAAAAAAAGGAAAAAAAAAUAUGCAACGAGAGUAAUGUAUUAUAUUAUCUCGAAACAUAUCAGAAGUUAUAUGCAACAUGACUCAGCCAAAUUUUGUAUGGAAUAUUGAUAAAUGAACUUUGAUGUAUCAACGUAUCUACUGUGUCCGAUGGAAAUACAAAUCGUUCGCAUAUAUAUACAAAAGAAUAUAGAAUAUAAUUGAGAUCAAUUGUAACGUUUUCCUUGUUUUCUCGUAGCCGCGAACGAAAAUCACAUGAAAACCAACGAAUUGUACUGAAAAUUUCGCUUCCUGGAGAUUUCCCGCCCUGUUCAUCGCCGUAUAAAUGAAUUCCAGAAGCGAAGGGCGUCCAGUGUACCUCAGUUCGUGUCGGUGAGGACCUAUCGGCACUUAGUUCCUUCAGUGUUAUAUUUGCCAAACAUGAAGUCCCUGGUGGCAAUGGCUGUGGCGGCGGCGGUGCUGGGGCUCGUCCGACCGCAGUGUCUUCCGGGACGAGGCUCCUCCUCUGGCAGGAUCAGCACCGACCUCUCGGGCAUCGCAGACUUCGGCUUCGAGCUCUACAGGCAGCUGGCGCCCCCGCAGUCCCCCGAGAACUUCUUCUUCUCGCCCUACAGCAUCUGGGCGGCCUUCACCCUCGCCUACUUCGGCACCGGGGGGGAGACGGCGGCGCAGCUCCAGAGGGCCUUGAGGGUCGGCGACCAAGCAGCCACGCUCGGGCUCUGGCGGGAGCUGGAGGCCAAGUACCAACAGCGCCAGGCUAACAACAAGGCGUACACGUUCACCGUCGCCAAUCGAGCAUUCAUUCACAACAAACUUCCCCUCCGACCAUGCAUUUCCGAUUUGCUGAGGACAGAAGUGGAAAGAGUGAACUUCCUUGAGACCCUGCCUCUGGUCGCCCACAUCAACAACUUCGCCUCCGCCUCAACCAAGGGCAGGAUCACCGAGAUUGUGUCUCCGGACGACUUGAUAGACGCCUUGAUGGUGCUCGUCAACGCUGCCUACUUCAAGGGCACGUGGCAGUACUUCUUCGAUGCCGCGGCCACCAUACCUAGGGAGUUCUACGUUACACCCGGAGACUCCAUCAUGACCCCUAUGAUGAAACAGAUUACGUCCCUGAGAUAUGGCGAGUUCGACCACAUCGCCGCGAGGGUCCUGGAACUGCCUUACGCCGGCGGUGCCAUGUCCAUGUUCCUUUUGCUUCCCAUGGACGAAGGGACUCAAGGCUUCGCUAACAUGGUGACAAAGCUGAACGAAAACAAUAUGCGAGCCGUGACCCUCGGGAAGGACUUAGUCAAGAAGAAUGUCGAUCUUCUUUUGCCGAGAUUCAGGCUUGAGCAAACAGUGUCCGAGACUCUAAUCCCGGCCCUCCAGAACAUGGGAAUCAUCGAUAUCUUUGACAGCAGGAAAGUGGACUUAACAGGUUUUGGACCUUUGCGAAACAUCACCGUCGACAAGGCCAUACACAAGGCCUUUGUGGAGGUGAACGAAGAAGGCACCGAGGCUGCUGCAGUGACAGCGGCCAUCCUCGUGUUCAAGUCGGCGUCGAGCAGUCGAGACGAUCUGCCCGUCCAAUUCCACUGCAACCGCCCUUUCGUCUUCCUCAUCCAGGACAACGAUACCCAAAACGUUCUCUUCGUGGGAGCCUUUAAGCGCCCGCGAGGAAGUGCUUAGUGAGGAGGAGAUCCUUUGGGCGGCAACAGGCUGGUUAGGAAGUAAUUGCUGCUCAAACGAAGCGAAGUUAAUGAAGUUUGGAAAGGAAAUGGGAAGAGGAGAAGGAUCAUUUUAGAAGAAAACGGAGCCGGUGCUUGGCCUGGCAUGCACAUUAUCUCGUCGGAAGAUUGACCUUUUUAGCCUUUAUAGUUUUAGUAAUUUUCACUUUUCAUUUAUUUGUUUCCUCUUAUUUCUCAGGGCUUGUCUCUGUCUCGUAUUUAUUGUAUUUUUGUUGUAUUGCAAUAUAUUGUUAAUAAAAUUAUCACAAUUGUUAA